AUGGAGGAGUCAAAGAUUGUCGACUCCAAAGCCGACGAAGAAGCUGCGAAGGAUGUUAUCGACCAAUCUACCAACGUCACCGCCGACCAAGACAGCGCUGAAGACGUCGAGUCCACAGACAACAAAGACACGGACGUGGUAGCUGCAGGCUCCGCAGCCAAGAAAAAGAAGUCAAAGAAAAUCAAAUUGAAACAGGCGUUAGGCGUAGGCAAGAAAAAUGAUGAAGAUGAAGAGGCAUCGGGGAGCUCUUCGAAUCCUGCGAGUAAGCUUACGAGCGGAAUGGUGGAACAGCUGCUGGAGAUGAACCCGUCGUUGAAGGGGGAGGUGGCUGGCAUGGACAAGGAAAAGGCUGCUGAGACUUUGAAGAAGCUAGAUGUGGCGGAUCUACUUACUGGAAUGUCUGUGAGUGGGAAGAAUCAGAAGGAUAUGGCCUCCUACAAGUUCUGGCAAACACAGCCCGUCCCUCGCUUCGACGAGGCACAAAAAGUGGAAGAGGGUCAGAUCAAGGACAUUGAUCCAGAAAAGGUUCCCAAAGAACCACCGCCGAUGUUGGAGGGGUUCGAGUGGGUUACUAUGAAUCUCCUGGAUGAGAAAGAGCUGGAAGAGGUCUACGACCUUCUGACUGGGCACUACGUGGAGGAUGAUGAGGCCAUGUUUCGGUUCAACUACUCUUCCUCCUUUCUCAAUUGGGCCCUCAAGUCCCCCGGCUGGCGGAAAGAAUGGCACGUCGGUGUCCGCGCAACCAAGUCACGAAGACUCGUCGCUUUCAUAUCUGGGGUGCCAGUAUCUCUUCGUGUUCGAUCGAACGUCUUCAAAAGCACUGAAGUCAACUUUUUGUGUAUACACAAAAAGCUGCGCUCGAAACGCCUCGCCCCUGUCCUCAUUCAAGAGAUCACCAGAAGAAGCUACGUCCUAGGCAUCUUCCAAGGUCUCUACACUGGUGGAAUUGUUCUUCCCAAGCCUGUCAGCUCAUGUCGUUACUUUCAUCGAAGCCUCGAUUGGCUGAAACUUUAUGAAGUCGGCUUCUCUCCCCUACCCUCAAACUCAACAAAAGCUCGACAGAUCACGCGAUAUCAUCUACCCAGCUCAACAUCUACACCAGGAUUGCGGCCAAUGGAAAAGAAAGACGUUGGUGCCGUACUAGAUCUCCUUGAGAGAUACUUGAAACGCUUCGCUAUGGCACCUAUCUUCGACCGCGAAGAAGUCGAGCAUUGGCUGCUUCACGAUGACAGCGCUGCUGAGCAAGUCAUAUGGAGCUACGUCGUCGAAGAACCCAGCACACACAAGAUCACUGAUUUCUUCUCCUUUUACUGCCUUGAGUCUUCCGUCAUCGGUAAUCAAAAGCAUGAUAAUGUCAGGGCAGCAUAUUUAUUCUACUAUGCUACGGAGACGGCGUUUGCAAAGGAAGAAAAGGGUUUGAAGGAGAGGAUGACAAUGUUGAUGACUGACGCCCUGAUACUUGCAAAGAAGUUCAAUUUUGAUGUCUUCAACGCCCUUACCCUUCUGGACAACCCACUGUUCCUAGAAUCGCUCAAGUUUGGAGCAGGAGAUGGCCAACUGCACUACUAUCUGUACAACUACCGGACUGCACCUAUAUCGGGUGGUGUUGACACCAAGAACAACGUCGAUGCUUCCAGGAGAGGUGGAAUUGGUGUGGUGAUGAGUUUCCUGCCCGAAAAUACCCCGGUAAAAAACUCCCGCCUUGAACUCCGCAGCUCUAAAAUAAAGUACGCCCUCUCGUCGCCCUUGUUCGAGCCAGCAAUGGCAGGCAUCAAGCGCCCGCGCAGCGACGACGAGAUGAUUGACCCUCCACGCCCCAUCUCACCCUUCAUAGCCAUGUUCGAGACCUUCCGCACCGAGCUGGACGAACAUCACGACCGCCGUGAGAGAAUCAUCAAAGCAUCCAGAGACAUCACGGCCCUGAGCAAGAAGAUCGUCCGCCAGCUCCAGGCCCCCGCCCCGCCCGCCGUCGCCAAGGAAGUCUCCGCCUACGGGGCCAAGAUCUCGGAUCUGUUCUCCUCGCUGGCGCCGGACCUGCGGGAUCUGAACGCCUGGCGCUACCGGGCCCAGAUCUCGUCGGGCGUCCAGGAACACGUGGAGGCUGUCUCCUUCCGGCACUACUUGGAGACCCAGCGGCUGAUACCGUUCGAUGACGCACGGGCGCAGAUAGCGGGGGGCGUCGUGUUGACGGAGGAGGAUUACGUGCUCGGGCUGUUUGAUUUGGUGGGGGAGUUGAUGCGGUUUGCGAUUACGGGUAUGGCUACGGGUGGGGCGUUGCCGAGAGGUGGGGAGGGGAGGGAUAUCUUGACGGAUCUGAGGCAGAUGAGGGCGGCGUUUGAAGGCUUGGAUGGGGCGGGCGGGCGGGCGGGUAGGAAGAUGGAUGUUAUGAGGACUUGUGUGGAGAAGGUGGAGGGUGCGGUGUAUGGGAUGAUUGUGAGGGGGAGGGAAAGGCCGAAGGGGUGGGUUGUGGAUGUGGGGGAGGAGAGGGGGGGGGUGGAGAGUUGUUGA